AUGGCAAGCUGCCAGGUGCAGGGCGAGCCCGACCUCUACGGCCUGGGUAUUCGCGUCGCCUUCUACAUCCAAUGGUUCGGCGCCAUCGUGAUAGAGUACCUCGACAUGUCAGACCUCCCCGACAUGCGCCUCAUAGGCCUUCUCUUCUCCGCCGCAGCCUUCCUCGGCCUCGUCAUACGGCUCUCCGUCGAGGCGAGGAGUGUACAGCCGGCCGACGUCUACAUUGUCCUCCUGCUCGCCAUGGGCAUCUACAUCCCCCUCGUCCCGCUCUACCUCUGGAAGGCGGCGACGUGCUUCAACCGGUAUUGGGAUCCGUUCCGCUGGUCCAAGGAGACGCCGAGCCCGGCGUAUAAGGGGCUUAAUUUCACGUUGUUGCUGGCUAUUUCGUCGCUGGGCGUGUGGUAUUGGUGUUCUUUUGUGCCGGAGAAUGAUUGUUCGUCGGAGCAGUACGGGUUCUUCUUCAGUCGCGUGAGUUUAGGAAACAAGGCGUUUGUGGCGUUUAAUGCCAUCAUGUACUUUAUCAUUCUGAGAAUGCACAUCAUGGCGAUCAAGGAGAUGAGGACGCUGAGCAAUGUCGCCGUCGCUGCGACACUCACCACGGCCGUGGAGCUGGCCGUCGUCUGGAACAACAUCCCCAAUGUGAACAACGUCGCGGACGUGGCGCAGGUCUUGCCUCUGCUUGUCAGCGCCGGCUUCCUGGUCCGGAUUCUCUUCCUUCAUUUCGCGGGCGUAAGUGAUGGGUCGGAUUCGUCAGAGGAGGAUAGUGACGGGGGAACGCAUAGUUACAUGACGGAGUCUCAGGGCGGGCUGCCGCCGGUACCGCCGCCUGUUCAUCCGCGGUGA